UCGUAUGAAGACCUUAGACAAAGACUAAUAUCGUUCGCCAUCUUGUUGCUAAGUCGCAAGCCGACGAAUGCCAAGCUGACGAUACUCCUCAUGAGAUACUGGACUAGCCUAUCACCACAAAGGAGCAACGAGGAGCUAUCAAUGGGCUAUAACUACGGGAUAUACGUCGCUUAUACCUCAGAUUGUGAAGGCAACAAGUUUCACAGGCCCAGGAGAGUUAUAGUUCUGGGAGCGUCCUUGUCCGAGGGGCCAGAAUUCAAA